AUGAAGGAAUGUGAAAAGCUAUUCAAUGAUAAUAAGUCUAAGAAUAAAUAAGGAGAAUUAAAUGAUUUGGGAGAAAAGCUAGGACUAAUUGAGAAUAAAAUAAACAACUUAAAAUCAAGAGUUGAUGAAAUUAGAUAGGAAAUAGAAAAAAUAGAUUCAGGAAAGAAUGGUAAUGCAAAGGAAGAGCUUUUAUCUUAGCUUAAGUUUCUUAAAAAUAUGAUUAAUGAUUGUGAGGAGACAAAGGAAAAGCUAAAAGAUAAAAUCAAUAAUAUAAACUAAUUAGAUGAAAAUUAAUUAGGAGAUAUAGAUUUCCAAGGAAUUAAAGAUGACCUCAAUAAUUUAAUUGAUUAAUAACUUCCUAAAAUUGAUGAGAAAUUAUAUGAUCUGGAGAAGUAGUUAAAAAAAGAAAUUAAUAAUUAACGAAACUCAAAGUAAUAGGAGUAUCAAGAUGAAUAGAGGAAAAAUCAACUAAACCUAAAGAAGCUUGACGAUAAUUUCCUUAAAAUAUAAGAAAUAUUUUAGAAAUUAGAAUAGAGUCUUAAUAAUUUAAGAAACUAGCAUGAUUAUAAAGAUGUAGAAAGAAGCCAAGAUUGCGAAGAGAAUUUAAAGCCAUAAAUUGAUGAUUAAAAAGAGCUAUUUAAAGAUCUGAAAUUGAAGCAAUCAGAAAUACAGAAGUAACUAAAUUAAAUCGAUCUAAAGUAAAAUGAGAUAUCAAUGAAAAAAGGAGCUGAUUAAAGCCCUAAUAAUGAUAUAAUAGUAAAGCAAUGGCAAGAUUUACAUAAUUAAUCCAAGGAUAUUGCAAAUAUGAUAGAAAAGCUAAAUUUAGAGAGCAAUAGCUAAAUUUAGGUACUUGAUUAGCUUUCAACAAAAAUUAUUGAUGCAUAAGAUAAGUUCUCAUUCAAAGAUAAGAUUUUUUAUAAAUGCAAAGAUAAUCAGGCUUUGAAGUAAAAAUAAAUUGACUAGCUAAAUGAAUAAUUAAUAAAGCUCUAAAAAGAUACAGAAUAUUCUAAAAAUCAACUAGAUCAAAUGAUUCUUCCACUUAAUAACCCAGAUUUGGAAUUUUAAUACUAAGAAAAAUUAGAUAAAAUUACUUCAAACUCCUUAAAGAUUGAAAAGUAAAAAUCCUAAGUCACAAAUCUCUAAUUGAAGCUGAAUUCCACAUGUAAUAGUUUGAAUCACUUAGGAGACUAAUUAGUAAAUUCACGAGAUCUAUAAAGCAUUCUAGAUGAACUUGAAAAAUUAGACAUUGAAUUGCAAUAUGAGACUGAAGAAAUUAAAGCUUAGAAAAUUGUUAUCUCAUAAGAUUCUAUAGAUAUCUAAUAACUACUUGAUUUAAACAAAGAAAUUAAAUAAAAUGAGUGCUAGAAUGGUCUGAAACAACUUGCUUUGCAGCUUAGUGAUAUAGAUGAUAAAUGCAAGGAAGUUGAAAUGAAACUAGAGGAUUAUAUUUAAAAGAUUAAAGAAGGAAUCAGAGAAAAUAUUUAGAACGAAGAAGUGGUGAAUGAAUUGAAAUAAUUAAGAUAAUAAGCUGAAAAAAUUGAUGAAGAGCUAAGAUAGCUUAAAAGAAAAAAGAGCUACUUAGUUAGUUAGUAAAAAAUUUUAAAAGAUAGAGUUAACGAAAUAAAUGGUGGAACUGAUUCUGAUUCCACUAUAAGGGAUCUUGAUGAAUUAGCUCAGAAAAUAAAUUAACUAAGCUAAGAUGGAUUACAAAUUUAAGAGGACUUAAAUAAUAAAAGUGAUGACUUAGAUUCCAGAAUUCUAGAUCUAGAAAAAUAUCUCUCGAAGCAUACGUAAAUCUAGGGUUUACAGAAAGAAUAUAAUGAGAUUCUAGGAGAUAUUAAUAAAUCUCUGAACAAUGUAUCAAAUCGAAUGGAUGAUGUCUCAGAUUUGUAAACAUUACUUAAAAAAGUACUUUUGGAAAUGGAAAAAGGGACAAUAAAUGACUACUCACUUAAAGAAAAUUUUAUCAAAAGCUAGUUAGAAAUUCUAUAAGAAAUAGAGGAUUAGAUAUUCAAUAUGGAUGAGUAAAGGCAAUCAAUUGCUGAGAUACUCGCACAGAUGAGGCUUGAUCAAUAAAAUGAUAAUUCUGUGAGUAUCGAUCUAGAUACACUUUAAUAAUCUAUAACAGAUGCUAUAGAAUUAUUAGAUAAACUUGAACAGCAAGAUUAACAAGCUUAAUAAUGUUAAAAGCUACUCUCAUAAAUGCAAAGAGAUAUUGGUGACGCAGAUGCUCAAGAUUUAAUUUCUUUGAGAUCAAAAGAGAAUGCAGAAUUCACAUAGAAAUUUAAAAGACUUGAAUAAGAUUUCCUUGAAAUAAAAAAAUAAGUCUCUUAGGGUAGUCCAAGCAAGGAAGUAAGUUAAGAGUUGCAGUAAAUCGAAAAACUUUUAAAAUAACUUAGAGAUGAAAGGCCAAAUAUUCAAAAAGUUCUGAAUAACGAAUUAGAGCUAUAUCAAAUAGCUCCCUAAAAAUUAGAAAACCUUACAUUACUAGCUAGUGUAAUAGUAAAGAUCAGAGAGUUAGGAAUAAAAUUAAACAAAUUUAUUGAAUAAUUAGAUGAUACCAUACUUAAUGGAGUUAAAUUGAAGAGAAAAAUUGGAGGAUUAGACAUUGCAAAAAGAUUAAGGGAUUUAAAACAUAGAGAAGAAGAUCAGAGCAUGAGAUUAGAACUUGUAAAAAAGAGAUUUGAAUUCAUUGGAAAGGGCGCCUAAGAUUGUGACGGCUAUACCUCUAACACAGAAGAAGCUACCUUUAUCCUACCAGAAAUGCUUAAAAAGAUUCACGAUUCCUAAAAUGAAUGCAUUCAAAUUUAAUCUAAUGUUUAUGAAAUUAAAAAAGAAGUUGAUCAGCAAGAUGAUUAAAAUGAAAAAUGGCAAAAGUUCAUUCUUGACAAUUUAGAUAAUGUUGAGGAUAAUGUGGAUCUUAAUGAAAAAUCUGUUGUUUUCCUAGAAAAACUUGCAGAUAAACUUGAGGAUCAUUUCCUCUCAAUGGAUGUAAAGAAAAAACUUGAUAAAAGAAAACUUGAGUUGGCAGAACUACAAAAUAUCUGUUAAGACUUUUCAGAGAAGCUUUUAGACAUGCAAGAACACUUGAUUUAAGAUAUUGAGAAGAUAGAUAAUAAAGCUAGAAUAUAAAAUCCUUUGCAAGAUAUCUUAGUCGAUGAGCAUGGAAACCCAGUCAACUUAUUAGAAGAGCUAAUAAUUGUGUCUGAUGAAUUAAAGAGUAUUCUUGAUAAUGUUGCAUUAUUACAAGAUCAAAACGAAUAGAUUAGACAGUAAAGAGAUCAGGCAUAAAUAGAUUUUUAAGACGAGAUUCUUAAUAACUCUGCCUAUAGUAAAGCAUCAGGUAAGAUAGUUAAUAAAAAUGAUGUGUUCAUACUUUUGAAAUCGAAUGGUUGGAUGAAAAAAAAGAUUAUCACAAUGAUUAAGAAGUUAAAAGAAGUAUCAAAGAAGAUUAGAGAAAAUAAGGUUCGCUACUAGGAGGUAAGAAAUAAACUUGAGAGAUAAGCUCCUCGUAAACUCUAUAAGGCUGUAAAAGGAGAUAUGGUAGACGAGCUAUUUGCUGACUAUAUUAAUAAACUUAAUUGUCCAGUUCCUAUAAAGAGAUUGGGAAAUAAUUAGUACAAGUUUGGAACCAAAAAGAUUUUCGCAAAAAUCAUAAAUGGAAAGCUUGUAAUUAGAGUAGGAGGUGGAUAUAUGGGAAUUGAGGAGUUUAUGAUGUAUUAUGGGUAGCAAGAACUGCAAAAGAUUCAGAAAGAGGAAAUGCUGAAUGCUGAAGAAGUUGAAGAUGAGACAAGAAGGCUUAGUAUUGGCAAAGGUUUAUUAGGAGAUGGCUUUAUUACAUAGACAACCGAAGAAGAUGAAGUUGGAUAAACAAGAAGAAGUAACGUAAAUAUCGAGAAACUCAAAGAAAAGCUUAGAGAUUAAAGCGCCAAAAAAAAGAACAGAGGAAGAAGUAAUACAUAAGAAGAUGAGGAUGAGGUAUCCAAAUUUGGUGAUGGUGGAGCUAAUACUAUUGUUGGUAUAGGUGAUGUCAGAAAAGCUUUAAAGAAAAAUGUGUUUGAAAUAAAAACUUAUGAAGAAGGAAAAUCGCCUGUAAAGUCAUCUAAGAAAGUCAUUGGAAGUAAUGUCGAGCAUGAGCUAAAAAGUAUUGAGAGAAGAGUAGGAAAUAAGCUUAAAUCUAACCUGGAAAGCAAAAUGUCCCCAAGCAGACCUAAAACUGAUAACUAGCAUUAACAGGAAAUCUUUUAGAGAGCAAAUGAUAGACCACAAACAUAGGAUAGUACAAACAACCCAAAAGAAAUCUUACAACUGGCAUCAUAGAUUUGGGGAAAUACUGGAAGAAUAUUCUUUUACUUUGACGAUACAAAGAUGAUUAUCUACCCAGAAGAAAAAAACCCAUUUGAUAGAGUUUUCGCUAGAGUCCACAUUGAUUUGUUGGCAAUGGAUACUAAUGAUAUUCAAGUGCACUUCUUUCACUAGUACAAUAUUAAAUCUCAGAAAGACAAAAAUGCAGUGUUGAUAUGUCCUUUAAACUUCCCUCUUUUUGUUGAGAACUUGAAAAUUCUGGUAGAGCUGGGAUAUGACGCGCAAUUUAAGUUAACCUAGAACCAAUCAGAUGUUGACAUUAAAAAAUACUUUGAUAUCUCAGCAACUACACCCGCAGGCAACACAGUAAGAAGUAAUGUUGAGAUAAGUUGCAUUUUUGACAUGCAACUCUUCCCAGAAGAAUUCUAAGAAAAAGAAGUCAAUUUUGUGAUAGAUUAGAAUGGUUGUCAAAAUAUUUUGCACAAAUUUGCAUCAAGAUUAAACAUCAUUAUGGAUGACUACGCCAAUAUAAGCUUUAAAGCCUCAAGAGAUGAAUAAUCUGAUACACAAUUAGAUCCAGAGGUAGAAAAUGGUCAGCAACUUUAUAAUAUGGAGUUAUCUUCAAGUAGAAUGACUACUACCAUCAGAAAUAAAACUUAUCAAGCCUAACUUACUGAUGUUUCAAACAUAAGAGGCGAAUACAGUGUAUGCCUGAAGAAAGACAUGUUCACCAAGUUUUUCUCAGCAUUAAAGAUUCCAGGCUCAGCACAAUUAAGAAUCGAUCAUGAAGAAUCUUUUGAGAUGAAAUAUACAUUUGAAAAGAACCAUAACAUUUACCUAAUAAUUAGAGCUUCAAAUUUCAAUCCUUGA